AUGGAAGACUGCACUGCUUACUCCACUACUGAACGCCUUGCCAAGAUCAGAGAGGCUGACAAGUACUCUGAGGAUCAGGUUUUUAUGCUUUCGUAUUGCGGCAAAGCACCCCGAGGCGAUUUACAAUGGCCACCCGCUGACCUCGCUGGGCCGAGCAUUGCGAUUUAUCACCCCAUAUUUGCGAUAUUCCAGCGAGCCCUCAGCCAAACUCCUUUACCCGGCGACAUUUCUCGUGAAGACUUAGAUUCUGCGUCCUUAUUGAUCUCAUUGAGCACGCAAUACUAUACCACAGAGCCGGAACGCCAAUAUGCUAUCUCGUCAGUCGUGGAAGCCUUGCUAGGUCCUUCGUUUGUGUUCCGGGAGACUCUCAUUCGUUGUGGAAUCAUUUCCUUCACGCUUGAUGGGAACAGGCGAGCAAACUGUGGCCUCUUCAAACGUACCGAUCCAAACGUAACGAUCCCCAAUGGGAUUGGCUUGGGCGAAUCAGACCCAAUAGAACAGGCCGAAACGGCCUAUCUCAUCGUAGCGACUGCACCCGAGGUCCUGCAUGCCUUCAUUUUAGAAAUCAGCGGCCCGUAUCUUACUGUCUCUGGGACCAUCUACGUUGACGGUGUUAUCACGGAGCGAUUGACCGACUUCAUUUCUCUCGUGCCUUUGUUAUCAUCUCAAGCACCCCUUGGCCAUGCUUCAGCCCACGACAAACUCACCUACCAAAUUGCUCAUUUUUUCCAAUAUCUCCGAGAAUGUUCAGACCAGCUCGCUGCUGACCGUAGCGAGCGUACCGUAUUCCUCGCGAAGGCGGAAAGAGCCGGCCAGCCAACGAUAGACUGUAUCGUCAAGUUUGCUUCGGCCUACUGCGCAGACGCCCACAAUAUCGUGCAUGAGGCAGGUGCGGCACCGAGGCUCUUGUACUGCGAGUUUGUACCAUCGGUCGGCAAGUUCUGUGUUGUUACCGAGUUUGUCCACGAGCAGGAGGGAGCGCGCCUGACAUCGGCUGGUAUCCAGACGUUGCAGAAUGCUGUGGGCGCUUUGCACGCUCGCUCGUACGUCUUCGGUGACUUGCGCGACGGCAAUAUUCUUGUAGAUGGACAGGGCAAUCCAAACUUGAUUGAUUUCGAUUGGAGCGGCAUCGAAGGCAAUGUCUUCUAUCCGAUGAAUAUCAACGAGCGCAUCGGCUGGGUAAGGGGGGUGCAGGCAGGAGGGCGAAUUAUGCGCGAUCACGACAUAGCUAUGUUGCGCAAGUUCCUUGACGCACAGAAUCAGCCCUCGAUCUCUAGCAGCGGCGCAACAAGACUUGCCGCAGAAUAA